UCUCUCUCUCUCUCUCUCUCUCUCUCUCUCUAAAGAUCACUGGCUGUCAUAACUCUGAGUUUAAUACUCUCUCUGUACUCGACCUGUGACAUUCUAGGAGUAGACAUUCAACAGCUCUCCAGAGACCAGAUCUGUAAUAAUGGAGAAAAAUCCCAAUCCCCCUCCAUAUCCUAGUUCUAACCCAGUACCCUACCCUGCACAACCAGUUACAUACCAACCGCAACCAGGCCCAGUACCAGUAGUUUAUCCUCCUCAACCCACUCAGAACAUUCCAAUGACUUCCGCCGCUGCAGCUCCAGUAAUUCUUCCUACUUCAGCACCUGCACCAGCCAUGCAGGUAGUGAUGGUGUCACCGGCACCACGUCUAGCUGACGUCCCGGGACAGAUGAAAUGUCCUCACUGCCAGCAGCAGAUUGUCACAGAGACCACGUAUGUCAAUGGCCUGCUUACCUGGAGCAUCUGUGGAGUUCUGGGCAUCCUAAUGAUCUGGCCAUGUUGUGUGAUUCCAUUCUUUGUGGAUGCCUGCAAGGAUGUAGAACACCGCUGCCCAAACUGCAAGAAUGUCCUCCACCUGUACAAACGCAUGUAGUUCGCUCCGACUAAUCUUU